AUGGGCCUACAAGAUACAGAGGACCUGUGCGAAAGAGACAACCAGAAGCGAAAAACCAUUGAAUCAUCUUUUGACAGAGGAAUAGAUCAGGAAACCAUUGUGCCAACAAAAUCGUCGGAGACAGAAUGUUCCUUAGAUCAUAUGGGCCUACAAGAUACAGAGGACCUGUGCGAAAGAGACAACCAGAAGCGAAAAACCAUUGAAUCAUCUUUUGACAGAGGAAUAGAUCAGGAAACCAUUGUGCCAACAAAAUCGUCGGAGACAGAAUGUUCCUUAGAUCAUAUGGGCCUACAAGAUACAGAGGACCUCUGUGAAAUGGACAUCCAGCAGCGAAAAAAUGUCGAAUCGUUCUUUGAAAGGACGACCAGGGUUGUGAAGAGUGUAAAAACCGAACACGUGGGAAGAAUGCACAUCCAGAAGCCGACAAUGGUUGAACGAAGAGAAAUAGAAGAGAAAAUAGUCCAGCUGGAACGAAUGAUGGAUAGAAAAUUUCACCGAAUAUUGAACGCUUUUCAGCAGACAAUAGCAAAGGCCCAGCAACAGGAUAAAAUGUAA